AAUGACAGGUUGUGCUUUAAGUUAGAAAUGGGGAUCGAAACGCAACAAACGCACAGACCGGGACAGUGGAAACAACAAAAUAAAUCUCAUAAACAUGGAAAACAUAGGAGUAAAGGUCAAUUAGAAAGACAAUCGCAAGGUAGAGUUAAUGUAAAGACAUUAUCAAAAAGACAUAAACAACAAGCAAGGAAAAAUGACAGGAGACAUCAGGCCCAACAAGUAAGAAAGCAAAAGAGAGAUGAGGUAUUGGAGAAGAAAAGGAACAGAGGAAGUCAAGGUUCACCUCCACAUUUUGUGGUGAUAUUGCCACUCCACAAAGACAUUGACUGUGAUGCUGUUCUCCAAUUGUUAAAAAAUUGUGAUGAAACAGCAGUGGUUUCUCAAAAUGAACAAGGCAUCUGUCAUAUCAGUGUACCAAGAUUUAAACAACGAUUGUCAUUCUUCAUACCGGAGUAUGGUAAUCUACAUGCCAUCCUUGAUGCAGCCAAAGUUGCAGACUCUUUGUUGUGUCUUCUGUCACCAGAGGGAGCUGUAGACAGUGUCGGAGAAUAUUGUAUCUCAUGUCUUUACGCUCAGGGACUUCCUGCUGUAACAUUUGGUGUUCAAGGUCUGAAGACUUUGAAUAUCAAAAAGCAAAAUGAAGCAAAGAAAAGGAUACAAAGACACAUCGACAAAAGGUUUCCUACCGAGAAGUUUCAUGCUAUAGACUCAACACAGGAUGCUUUACUUGUGCUGCGGAGAAUCACUAACCACAAGCUGCCCACAGUCUUCUUCAGGGAUAAUAGGCCACAUCUCUUAGCUGAAAAUAUUGAGUUUGAAAUUGAGGGCGAAGAGAGUGAGGUCGGGACAUUAAAGAUGUCAGGAUAUUUGAGAGGGCGGUCACUGUCUGCUAACGCUCUUGUACACUUGCCAGGAUGGGGUGACUUUCAGAUGUUACAGAUAGAUGCACCUAAUGACCCUCACUCCUUCAAUCAGAAAUUGGUCAAAGAUUCACAGAAACAAAGUCUGGAUAUAGAAAUGGAGGGAGAAAAGGAGGAAGUUAGGACUCUGGAGAAGGCUGAUCCUCGACGCCAGGAGUCUCUACAGAGUGAGGUAAUCCCAGACCCAAUGGAAGGUGAACAGACAUGGCCCACAGAUGCAGAGCUGGAAGAAGCUGAAAAACAAUCUAAAAAGAAGAUUAUGAAGAAAGUUCCAAAAGGCACAUCAGAAUAUCAGUCUGCCUGGAUAGUAGACGACGAUGAAGAUCAUAAGGGAGCAUCAAAGGAAAAUCUUGAUGAAAGUGAUGAUGAAGAUGAAGAUGAGGAUGAAGAUGACAUAGAUAUGGAGGCAGAGGAGGAAGAAGACUCUGAUAACGAUGAAAAGUCUGGUGAUGAAGAGUUUGAAACUUUAACUAUGACUGAAAAUAAUGAUGCUGAGAGAUAUGAUGAAAACAUGGACAUGGAUGAAGAGAGAGCAAUGUUUGAGAAGAUGAAAGAGGAGAAACUACAUGUGAUGUUCCCUGAUGAGGUUGACACACCAUUGGAAAAGGUGGCAAGACAAAGGUUUGCAAGGUACCGUGGCUUAAAGAGCUUUAGGACUACCUUAUGGGAUCCUAAAGAGAACCUGCCUUUGGAUUAUGCGAGGAUAUUUCAGUUUGGAAAUUUCAAGAAGACGAAGAAGAGGGUCUUAAUGGAUGACAGUGAUGGUGGGGCAUUGACUGGUUGGUAUAUCACAGUGCAUAUAGCAAAUGUUCCUAGGGAAUAUAUGGAAUCCUAUAAACCAGGAACUCCAUUGGUGGUGUUUGGACUGUUACAACACGAACAGAAAAUGUCCGUCUGCAACUUUGUAAUCAAGCGUUGUGGAGAAACACAAUUUCCCAUCAAGUCCAAAGAGAGGCUCAUAUUUCAUGCAGGUUUUCGCAGGUUCUCCGCAUGUCCGAUAUUUUCACAGCAUACAAAUGGAAAUAAACACAAGUUUGAAAGAUUUCUGAACCAAGAUGUAGCUACCAUGGCGACAAUCUAUGGCCCAAUUGUGUUCCCUCCUUCUCCGGUACUGGUAUUUAAAGAGAUGGGAACAGGAACACAUGAGUUGGUAGCUACAGGUUCCUUGUCGUCAGUGAACCCUGACCGUGUGGUAGUGAAGCGUGUCGUACUCAGUGGAUACCCAUUCAAGAUCAACAAACGGUCAGCUGUCAUCAGAUACAUGUUCUUCAACACAGAGGACAUAAUGUGGUUUAAACCAGUGGAACUGCGGACAAAGUGGGGAAGAAGAGGAAAUAUCCGUGAUAGCCUUGGAACCCACGGCCACAUGAAGUGCGUGUUCGAUGGUCAGCUCAAGUCACAGGAUACAGUACUGAUGAACUUAUACAAACGUGUGUUCCCAAAAUGGACAUAUAAUCCAUACAUUCGCAAUCCCCCUGCAAUCUGUGAUACUGGUGAUGAUGAUGAGGAGGAGGAUGGAGAAGACAUGCAAGCUUACCAGAUGUUUGAAUGAGAGACAUGCUGUGAAACACAAUAACAUUUCGUGUUAAUGAGACAGGCAGAUCUCAUUCAGAAAAAAUUAAUUUUACAUUCUUUUGAGGCUUUAUAAAAUUCUUUUCUUUGAACUUGAUACCCAAUUGUAGAGUUUUUUUUCCAAGUGGAUUUAUUAAAGAAAUUUCAAAAUAUUGUCCAUCACAACAAUAUCAAAAUUUACCAUUAUGUAGACUUUAAAAUAUUGGCAUUAGAACAGAAGAUAGCUAUUGAUUAACUGCUGUAUGAAACCUGUUGCGUAUACUGCCACAAAAUGAAAUGUGAAUGUUAUACACCGUGGUACUAUAAAUACAAUUUU